AUUGAAGGAGGCAUGUCAUGACCGGCUCAGGGGAGUUACCACUUCUCUACAGAUCCUGCCCCAUUCCAGGAUACAAGGCAGGAGAGGGAAAGCUCAUCACAUUCACCACUAGGAGACACAACAAGGGAAAGUCCUUCCAAAGAGAACAGGUUCCUUCUGGUCCCACAUUAGAGCGCAAAGCAACACCUGUUGUACCUGUCGCACCUCCCUCCUCCGCUAUGGAGGAGCAGCCCGGCUCCGAGAGACCUGCCAAGGCUCCGCGCAAAGUGGCCAACCAAUCAGGAUCUCCGCAGAGGCUGCGGUGCCAAAGGCGCAGCGGAUCGUUGCCAAACGCAAUCGGCAUCUCCGCUACUUCUGAGAGGCGCAACGAAAGAGAGAGGAACAGGGUGAAACUGGUGAAUUUGGGCUUCGCCAAACUAAGGCAGCAUGUGCCCCAGGCUCAGGGGCCAAACAAGAAAAUGAGCAAAGUAGAGACUUUGCGCUCAGCUGUAGAAUAUAUCAGAGCACUUCAGUCCAUUCUGAUGGAGAGAACCGCGGGGGAGGGGCAGGGAAGAGCCGGUUCCGAUGGCCUCUCGCCUUGUGGGAGCAGCUGCUCGGUAGAUUCGGGCUCCUUGGCUUUGUCCCCCGGAUCCUGCUCGUCCUGUGCUUCAGAGGACAGUUCCCGGGGAGACAGCAGCAUCGCAGAGACAGACUUCUUUCUAACCCUGCAUGGCUGGGGAAUGGGGUAGCUGCAAGGUCACCAUAUAGGAGCAGAAGACAGCAGACUGACUCUUUCUGGACUAUAACAAGAACAUAUUAUAUGAAUGAUCAU